AUGGCGAUGGACGAUUGCAACAACAGACAGGACGACCGCAACGACGAGGGCAUUGAAUCCCGUCGGGAGGAGCUCGUCGCAUUUGCCAAAACGCAUCUAGAUGCCGGCCUUCCCUGUGUCCCGGAGCUCGAGGCGCUGCUCGCCGCCCUCACUCCCAAAGUCAAGGCGAUCCAUGCUACUGGCCUCAUCUCGUUCGUGCGAGACCUCAAGCACGACGUGGAUGGCAUCGAGGCCAUUCUCCAGGAGCUGCAGCCGCCCGAGUCGCAUGAUGGAAUAGGUGCCCCGAAGCAAGAAAUCACCAGGGCUGGCUUGGACGCUAUCUGGAAACGACUUGAGCCGCGAACCACAGGCGUCUACCACAGCACCACCCGUUGGCAGGCGCUGCGGCGAUGCGCCAACCUCAUUGCCUUCAAGCGCACGUUUCAGGGCUCGGCACGUGACGACCGGCGCGCGGCCGUCCUCGAGCGCGGCCUGCAGACGAACCAUGAGAAGCUGCACAUGCACCGCGUCAUCAAGGAGCAAUCCAAGAUCGAGGUGGCCGUCGUCGACCGUGGCGCCGGCUGGAUCGACAUGCGCUGGAUCAGCGCCGACCGCCUCGCCCGGCAAAUGACCGACUCAGGUUGGUCCUGGGGUGAGUACGCGCCCGGCGAUGAGGUCGACCGCGACGAGUGGGAGGACGUGCCCUUUGUCAAGCAGGUUCGGCGAGCUGUUGCCGCCGCACGCCUCAACCGCCACGAGUAUCGCAUUCCUACCAUCCGCCUGGUACUACCCAACCUGGCCCGCGGCACCCAUGGUGACAUUGACGUGCUCCUGGACCAGCUCCCUCGCAUCGAUCCAGGUGUCGACCUCGUCGUCGAGGACGCUACGUGCGCCUUUCUAACGCGCCCCGCGCCGAGCCUGGCUGACACCAUCCGGAACCUCGUCGGCGACAGCUUGCAGGUACUUACCGAUACGCUCAACCUCGAGCACACCGUCCUCGUCGACCUCAUCUCGGACCUCACGCAUCUGCGCCUGGCGCAGCAGCCGUGGCAGUCGCGCACGACCCGCGCGCAGAUUGCCGAAGAAAACGCGCACCCCGACGGUGUCAUGGCUCCGCUCCUCUAUCCGCUGCUUCAGGGGCGGCGACUCGUCUGCACGCACGAGGCCGCAGAGCACUUUCACGAGAUGCUCACCACCGUAGGCACGGCGACGGAGCGGGAGCGCGGUCGCCUGCUCGUGCCCUACUACACCGCUGAGCGUCGAGCGACCGCCAGCGCUCUCCGCACGCGCUUCAAUGCCCUCUCCGAACGGCUUCCACCCGUUGACGUUCAGUUCCCUGUCGAGAUUCUCCCGGCUGACGAGCAAUGGGAUGUUGAAAGGGUCCGGCGCCUGGUCGAGGACGAACAAGCGCUGCCGCCCGUGGCGCUCGACAUUGUGCGCCGCGGCCUCCUCAAGAGCUCCAAGCUCAGCACCUACAUGCACGGCUGGCGCCAUGACAUCGUCACCGUCACCUCGAACAAGGAGAUUCGCGCGCACAUGAAGACCUGGGUCGAGGCGGGCCGGCGCGCCGACGACGAGCGCGGGCCGCAGCUCUACUGCGUCGAGGUGACGCGCAACUUGCUCGCCAAAAGCGCCAUGCCACCGCCGGGCUGGGUGUUUGGUUCCGGAACGGACGAGUGGGAGAAAGAGGACAGCGCUGCUGUUUGA